AUGCCAGCAAUUAAAUCAAAUAAAUCAACAGCUUCUGCUUUAGAAACUACAUCAAAAACCACUACUAAAGUUGUUUCAACUGGUUUACCAUUAGUAAAUAAAGAAAAAGCAAUUGAAGCAAUCAAUGCUCUCAAUAAAUAUUUCGAACAAAAACAAUUAACAGAACCAUUAAAUAUUUUAGAAGAAAAUAAAAAAAUCUAUAUAACUUUUGAAACUGAUAAAUACUAUCAUAAUAGUUUAUUUAAACCACAUCAUAUAGUUGCACCACAUAAAAUUGGUGAAUUAUCAGAAAAAAGAACAUUAGUUAUUAUUGAAGGUGGUAAAGUAGAUGCAAUUAAUUUAAAGACUAAAUUAGUAGAUUUAGGAUAUACUGGUGCAGUUGAUGUUCUUUCAAUGAAAGAAUUCAAAAAUGAAUAUGUCACAAAAGAACAAAUUAUUAAAGUUAGAAAAACAUAUGAUGAAUUUGUUGUAGAUAAUUUUUAUAAACAAAAAAUUCAACAUAAAUUUGGUAAAGAAUUUCAAAAUUCACCACAAUCACCAAAACUUUCAAUAAUUGAUCAAAAGAAUCCAGUUGAAUUAAUUGAAACAUUAAAUAAACUUGAUAGAAUGGUAUUGGUUAGAAGAUUUACUGAAUUAUUUUUCACACUUCCAGUUGGUACAUCAGAUUUACCAGUUGAGCAACUCAUUGAAAAUGUUGCAUUCAUUGUAGGUGAAGUUUCUAAUAAAUUACCUGAAAAAAUUAAUUCAAUUCAAUCACUUUCAAUUGCUGGUUCAGAUAUUAGUUUACCAUUUUAUGUAAAUGUUAAAGUACCAUCAAAUCUUUUAUUCAAUUCUAAAGAAAAUAAAGUUGAAUUAAAUCCAUUAGCAAUACAACAAGAAAAUAAUAAUAAUAAUAAUAAUACAUCAGAAGAAUCAACAACAAAUACUACUACUAAUACCAAAUCAAAUAAAAAGAGAACAGAACCAGAAUCAGAAGAAAAAGAACAAGAACAACCAAUUAAAGAAAAACCAAAUAAAAAAUCAAAAACAACACCAGUUAAAGAAGUUAAAUCAACACCAGCUGCUGUUGUUGCUAAACCAACUACACCAGUUAAAGAAGUUAAAGAAACACCAAUUAAAUCAAAAACACCAGUUAAAGAAUCAACCCCAGCUGUCGUUGCUGCUGCUGUUGCCGCUAAACCAACUACACCAGCUAAACAAGUAAAGGAAACACCAAUUAAAUCAAAGACUCCAGUUAAAGAAUCAACACCACAAGAAACCACCACUCCAUCUAAACCAACUAAAACUCCAACCAAAGCAACAACCACCACCGCCGCCCCAAAAGAAGUAGAAUCAACUCCAGUUAAAGAAGUCAAACAAACUCCAGCCAAACAAGUUAAAGAAACUCCAGUUAAACAAGUUAAAGAGACACCAGUUAAACAAGUUAAAGAAACUCCAGUUAAACAAGUUAAAGAAACUCCAGUCAAAGAAGUCAAAGAAACCCCAGUUAAACAAGUUAAAGAAACUCCAGUCAAACAGGUUAAAGAAACAGUAAAAGAAGUUGCCGCUCCAGUUAAAGAAGUUAAAGAAACCCCAGUAAAAGAAGUUGCUGCUCCAGUUGCUAAGAAAGUUACUAAAAAAGCAGCCGCUGCUCCAGUUGAAGUUGCUCCAGUUGAAGCUGCACCAGUUAAAAAAGUUGUUAAAAAGGCUACUGUUGCUGCUGCUCCAGUUGAAGCUGCUCCAGUUAAAAAAGUUGUUAAAAAAGCUGCUGCUGCUCCAGUUGAAGAAGCUGCCCCAGUUAAAAAAGUUGUUAAAAAGACUGCCACCACCGCCACUGCUACUGCUUCAAAAUUAAAAAAACCAAUUGAAAAGAAAUAA